GAGAAAUAUCAGAGCAGCAUUCGAACGCGAGUGCUUGUGUAGUGUAGACAACGGCAGUCGUAAUGAAAUAAACAAAAUACGAGAUAAAUAAAAUGGCAAACCAGAUCUGGACACCACCUGAUAUCAGCAACGUCUGUGGCGAAUCCGUAGCACCUAUCACACAAUGUUCUGAAGCCGGAUUUAUGUUUUUGGCUCUAGUUGCUCGAUUGUUUGGAAAAUCAAUUGACUCAAAAUACAAUAUACCAACCAAUCCUUUUGCUAAAUAUCAGAAGGAUGGAUAUCUGAAUGGCUACGCUUUCGAUGCACAUGCAAAAGGAGAAUACAAUUUGGGUGUAACUAAACCGGGACUGGAUACGUUUGGACCUAAUUUUGGAGCAGAAACACCCAAAAGUUUAGCAGGAACAGAUUCAGAUUUGUAUGGAUAUAAACAGGAAUACACUAAAGAUUAUAACGCCGAACCGUACACUGGUACACAGGGUUACACCGCAUCAGAUUUUUAUACGGGACCAGAAUUUCAAUAUGAAUCUAAAACUUUUGCCAAUCCAUUUGGACCGUAUUAUACAGGGAUUAGAGGCUACAACGAACAUCGUGGUUAUGAUAGUGAUUCGGAUUAUUCAAACAAAGUAUUUCUACAAGAAACUAAAGAUAGAAAGCGAAGAAGGAAAAGAAAUACCGAAGAUUAUGAUUUUAUAAUAGUCGGCGCGGGAUCGGCAGGUUGUGUGGUUGCUAAUAGAUUAUCUGAAGUCAAAAAAUGGAAGAUAUUACUACUGGAAGCGGGACCAGAGGAACCUGAUGUCACCAGUGUGCCGAGCUUCGCGCCUACAUUAGGCAGUUCCAGUAUUGACUGGAUGUAUCGAACGCAAAGAGAGGAACUCACAUGUCGCGCGCAGAGAGGACAAACAUGCGCUUGGUUCAGAGGCAAAUCAAUGGGGGGUUCAAGUGCUAUCAAUUAUAUGGUUUAUAUGAGAGGAAAUAAAAGGGAUUACGAUACGUGGGCGGAAAUGGAAAACUACGGAUGGAGUUAUCAGGAAGUACUGCCAUAUUUUAAGAAAUCAGAAAAUAACCAAGAUAUAGAAGCUCACAAUAUUCACUACCAUUCAACAAGUGGCCCAUUAAAUGUCGAGAGAUUUCCUUACACAGAUUUGAAUUCACUAAUGCUGGUGCAAGCUUUCAAAGAGACGGGUCUUGGUGUUACAGAUUUUAAUGCAGAAAAUCAAAUUGGAACUGAUAUAGGACAAUCGACAGCUAAAGAUGGGGAGAGAAUGUCUACGAAUGCAGCAUUCAUAAGACCGAUAAGAGGAAAACGACCCAACCUAACAGUUAUAACUAACGCACACGUAACAAAAUUAAUUAUUGAUCCGAUAACUAAGAGUACAUCUGGUGUUUAUUAUAUAAAGGACGGAGUUACUCAAGCGGUUUAUAGUCGAAUGGAAGUGAUCUUAAGUGCCGGAGCUUUGAACUCUCCUAAAAUUUUAAUGCUAUCAGGAAUCGGCCCGAAACAACACUUGGAGAGUUUACGUAUACCUGUUUUAGCUAAUCUUCAAGUAGGUCGUAAUCUACAGGAUCAUGUCACUACAGACGUGUUAAUAAUAGAGCUAUCAAAUAAAACUUCCACCUUAGUAAGUGGUAAUCAAUUAUUAGAUGAAGUAACAAAGUAUAAACAACAACAUGGCAACAAACGUGGACCAUUGGCUGCUACUGGGUCGUUAAAUGGAAUCGCCUUUAUAAAAACUGAAUACGCGAAGGAAAAUGCACCCGACAUACAAUUUCAUUUUGAUGGUGUUAAUGUGCAAGAUUUAUACAAAGACCCAACAUCUUAUUUAGCUUCAAGAAUAUUCCCCUUGUCUUUUUAUAAUGGUUUAGCAGCUAGACCAUUGUUGUUAACACCAGAAAGUAGAGGUUACAUAUUACUCAACCAUACAGAUCCUGUUUCUGGACAACCGUUAAUUUACUCCGGAUUUUUCACAUCUAAAAAUGAUAUAAAAACCCUUGUAGCUGGUAUGAGAUAUGCAAUUAAAUUAGAAAACACAGAAGCAUUCAAAAGAAGCGGUGCUAGAUUUAAGAGAACACAGAUAAAAGGUUGCGAACAAUUCUUGUGGGGAACUGAUGAAUACUUUGUUUGUAUUCUAAUGCUUUAUACUUCGACUAUUUAUCAUCCAGUGGGUACAUGUAAAAUGGGUCCAGUGUGGGAUCGUGAAGCUGUUGUAAAUCAUAGACUAAAAGUAUAUGAAAUAGAUAAGUUGAGGGUUAUAGAUGCAUCUAUUAUGCCAAAAAUUGUCAGAGGUAAUACGAAUGCUCCAACUAUAAUGAUUGCUGAGAAAGCUAGUGAUAUCAUUAAAGAGGAAUGGUUAUAUGAAUGAACUGGAGCAUACAAUUUAGAAACUAAUUAAUAGAUGCACUAUGUUAUAAAACGUUAGAAGGUAAAAAAAAUACAAGAGACCUAGAUAAUUUACACCUAAUUUUAAAGUUAAUUACUAUAUGUACAUAUAAAUAAUCCAAAAAUAAAAUAACGUUUAUGAAGUAAGAAAAUAGCGUCGAAGGAAUAACGGUGGAGUUAAAUUGUGAAAUGAAUAGUUUGACUGGGAGUACCUAAUUUUGUAUUUGUAUAUCAAUAAUAUAUUUAAAUUAUAAUGUGCCACAGGAUUACAGCUCCUGAUAAUUUUUAAUUAUCUAAUUUUAAAAUUAUUUAAUAUUA